AUGCUUGAAAUUUAUUAUCAAAACGUACAAGGGUUGAGAACUAAAACGGCAAGCUUUCUCAAAUAUUUGUCAACUUCUAAUUAUGGGAUCAUCGCUCUUACUGAAACUUGGCUGAAAUCUGGUAUUUCAAACAUGGAAUUAUUUGACAAUAGAUACACUGUUUAUCGUAGAGAUCGUUCAAGUUCUACCAAUACCAAAUCGGAUGGUGGAGGUGUCAUAUUGGGAGUCUCCAAAGAAAUUUCUUCUUUCAGAGUUGAGGCAUGGGAAUCGGAUGUGGAGGACUUAUGGGUCACCUUACAUAUAAAUAUUAAUAAAAUAAUAAAGAAACUUUCGAUAUGUGUAGUAUACCUACCUCCUCCUGUAAAGAUUGGGACUUUGACACAUUUUUUAGACAGCGUUGACAGAGCUUUAAACUUAAGCGAUGACGUCAUUAUUCUAGGUGAUUUCAAUCUAGGGUUCAUUGAUUGGAGAUCGUUAAAUAAUGAAGUUUUUAUGACACCUUGUAAUUAUAACAAUACACUUGGCUUUGCCUUGAUUGAUUUUAUGUCUAUGAAUAGCCUAAAGCAAUUUAAUAGUAUAGGUAAUAGCGAUGAUCGUUUCUUAGAUUUAGUAUUAAGUAAUAUGUCUAGUAUUAAUGUAUCAGCCCCCUCCGACUCGUUAAGUAAAAUAUACGCGAAUCAUCCUAGUUUAUUGUUAAGUUUUGAAUAUUCUAAAAUAUCCUUUUUGCGAACGAGAGGUAACACUAAACUAAAUUUUUAUAAAGCUGACUAUGUGUCUAUAAUAGGGGAUCUGAAAACCAUUGAUUGGAAUGAUAGCCUACGCGCCCAUGAUGAUGUUAAUGAUAUGGUAUCUAAGUUCUACAAAAUUCUUAACACCACUAUAAGCAAAUUUGUACCUAAUACGACCAUCACGAAAUCUAAGUAUCCGGUGUGGUUCAGUUCUUCCUUAAUAAAAUUACUUGCUGAAAAAGAAAAAACACGUAAGAGGUAUCGAAUAUACAAGAAUCCUCGAGACGAAAUAGAGUAUCACAUUAUUAGAAAACGUUGUCACAAACUUUAUGAUGAUUGCUACACUAAAUAUAAGCGAAAUAUUGAGGCAAGUAUUCCUAAUAAUCCUAAAUGUUUUUGGAGUUUUAUUAAAAAUAGGAAAGGUGGUCACUCAUCACUUCCCUCUUGCAUGAAAAUGGACAAUGUUACAGCCCAGUCAUCACCUGAUAUUGCUAAUCUUUUUUCAUAUCAAUUUUCAUCUGUAUAUACUUGUGAUGAAUCACUUGUUGGCAGUUCCACUCCAGACGACAUUGGCAAUGUUGACGGCCUAAUGUCCCUUAGCUUUAGAGAGGAUGAAAUAUCUAAGAAAAUAAAAGGUCUUGAUACUAACAAAGGAGCUGGGCCAGACUCGAUUCCUCCUAUCUUUGUAAAACGAUGUAGAUUUGUGUUAUCUUUGCCCCUAACUAUUAUUUAUAAUAGAUCUCUUAAAGAUGGUGUUUUUCCUGAAGUAUGGAAAAGGUCUCGUGUUGUACCUGUGUAUAAAAAGGGAGAUAUCACCGACGUAAAAAAUUACCGUCCUGUUUGUAUUUUAUCUUGUUUUUCCAAGCUCUUUGAGUCUGUCCUGUAUCCCGUAAUCUCCAAAUGUUUAGACGGCUGUAUCGUUGAUGAGCAACAUGGUUUCAGAAAAGGCCGUUCAAUUCAAACGAACCUCAUGUCUUUUGUUACUGAAACAUGUCAGGAAUUAGAUCGUGGGCGCCAUCUGGCUUUCAUUCAGAUCUGA